UCUUACUUCUCACCCUCUCACCUGGAAAGGCAGCUCUGUGGGCCCGGCCUCCUGGCUGGCUUGGGCGGGGGGCACCCCUGUGCCUGCAGGGACUUCGGCAGCAGUGCUGCUUCCUCAUACCUGAGCCGUCCGCAGCUGCACGCAGCACUCCCAGCCUGAGCACACUAUUUAAGGCCAGUACACCAGAGCGGGCUGUGAGUCACGGCCCCCAGAGGGCAGCGGCAGCUCCAGGCACCCCAGCGCCCGGCUCCUGCUGGAAGGGACCCUUCCCCUCGCCAUGGCCUCCCCGGGGCAGAUCAUCUUCUGGAGCAUUAUUAGCAUCAUCAUUAUUCUGGCUGGAGCAAUUGCACUGAUCAUCGGUUUUGGUAUUUCAGGGAGACACUCCAUCACAGUAACUACUCUCACCUCAGCUGGGAGUAUCGGGGAGGAUGGAAUCCUGAGCUGCACUUUUGAACCCGACAUAAAGCUUUCUGAUAUUGUGAUACAGUGGCUCAAGGAAGGUGUUAUGGGCUUGGUCCAUGAAUUCAAAGAAGGCAAAGAUGACCUGUCAGACCAGGAUGAAAUGUUCAGAGGCCGGACAUCUGUGUUUGCUGAUCAAGUGAUAGUUGGAAAUGCUUCUCUGAGAUUGAAAAAUGUGCAACUCACAGAUGCUGGCACCUAUAAGUGUUACGUCAUCACUUCUAAAGGCAAGGGGAAUGCUAACCUUGAGUAUAAAACUGGAGCCUUCAGCAUCCCAGAGAUGAAUGUGGACUAUAAUGCCAGCUCAGAGAGGUUAUGGUGUGAAGCUCCCCGAUGGUUCCCCCAGCCUACAGUGGUCUGGGCAUCUCAAGUUGACCAGGGAGUCAACUUCUCAGAAGUCUCCAAUACCAGCUUUGAACUGAACUCUGAGAAUGUGACCAUGAAGGUUGUGUCUGUGCUCUACAAUGUCACAAUCAACAACACAUACUCCUGUAUGAUUGAAAAUGAUAUUGCCAAAGCUACAGGGGAUAUCAAAGUGACAGACUCUGAGGUUAAAAGGUGGAGCCGCCUACAGCUGCUGAACUCAAAGGCUCCCUUGUGUGUGGUAUCUUUCUUUGCCAUCAGCUGGGUACUUCUGCCUCUCUCUCCUUACCUGAUGCUAAAAUAAUGUGCCCUGGCCACACAGAAACAUGCAAAGUCGCUGGUAUGACAGAAUCCCAGGAAUCUAAAGAACUAUUUCACCACAAGAUACGACCUAGUUUUAUAUUUCUGGGGGAAAUGAAUUCAUGUCUAAAAGUUUGGAGUGAACAAAUAAGACAAGAAGCAAAAAGAAGCCAAAAGCAACCCACAGAAGACUCCAAUAUAAAUAAAUCUUUCAUUAAGGACAUUUACUAAAAGUUGGGAAAACAAUUCAUCUGAACUACAGAAGUGUGUUAAAACUGCUAAGUGCAUGUGGAGACAUGUAUCUCCAUAUCUUAGGGGCUCCAUUACCUAUCCCCUCCCAGGGAGUGAAAGGAUGGGAUAUUGAAUCUCCCUUGUCUCUGAAUCUUUAGUUACAUUGCUGUAAUGUUGCUCUAAGGACAUUCCCAGAAAGUUUUUAAUGUAAUAUAUCCAUGUAUUAUAAUCCACAAAUUAAGCUGCUAGUCAGCUACUACUUCAUAAUUCAGAGAUGGCUGCAUUUAGUGAUGGGUCAAAAUGAUGUAAUUCUUAGUAUGAUGCUUCUAAAAGGUCCUGGAGUCUCCUCCCACCUGACAAAUGCUAAAGAAUGUGGAAAAUGAUGAUAAUUUUAACAUUAAAAUGUAGUUGGGUGACACUGA